GGUGACAUCGGGACGAAGAUGGCUGUUGUGAGGGGCUUGUUUGUAUCUCUGAGUUGCCCGGCGGCUCUCGCGGUGGCUUUCAGCGGAUCGAGCCGGGGUUUAGGCAUCCUUUGCUGCUAACGCUUUGUGGCGGUGUGAAGGGAGCGGGGCUCGGAGCAUUGGAAGUGGAGGCCGCGCUUCAGGCUACGUGACUACUUUUGAUUUGAAAGUCAAGCAAAGCUGAAUAUGUGGUUCUGAUCACUCAGUUUGGAGAUGCACGAUGAAGUGUGAGGUCAGACAAUUACUGUGUUGCUCUGUAAACAUCUGCAAUUGUAGAAGCAGUCAAACCACAUAUUUUUAACCAGAGCCAUGGUGUCAUGGAAAGGGAUUUACUUUGUACUCACACUGUUCUUGGGAAGUGUUUUUGGAAGCAUUUUUAUGCUUGGUCCCUUGCUGCCAUUGAUGUUUGUCUCUCCUGCCUGGUAUCGUUGGAUUACUGAUAGAGUUGUUGCUACCUGGUUUACUCUUCCGGUGGCUUUGUUGGAGGUUGUGUUUAGGGCAAAGGUGGUUAUAACAGGUGAUGGAUUCAUUCCGGGAGAAAGAAGUGUUAUUAUCAUGAACCACCGAACACGAAUGGAUUGGAUGUUUUUGUGGAACUGCCUGCUGAGAUACAGCUACCUCAGACUUGAAAAAAUAUGCCUCAAAUCUAGUCUCAAAGGCAUUCCAGGAUUUGGUUGGGCCAUGCAGGUUGCUGCCUUCAUUUUCAUUCAGAGGAAAUGGGAAGAAGACAAGAAUCAUUUUGGAAAUAUGCUGGAUUAUUUCUGUGACAUUCAUGAACCUCUGCAGCUUCUCAUCUUUCCUGAAGGAACUGAUCUCACAGAAAACACCAAAGCCCGCAGUAAUGAAUUUGCUGAAAAGAAUGGACUUCAGAAAUAUGAAUAUGUCUUGCACCCAAGGACUACAGGCUUCACAUUUAUAGUGGAACGUUUAAGAGAUGGUAAUAACCUUGAUGCGAUUCAUGACAUAACAGUAGCGUAUCCUCAAAACAUACCUCAAACUGAGAGGCAUCUUCUCUACGGGAACUUCCCCAAAGAAAUUCACUUUCACGUCCACAGAUACCCGGUGCAAGCACUACCAGUCUCUCGGGAAGAAUUGCAGCUCUGGUGCCAGAAGCGGUGGGAAGAGAAAGAAGAGAGGCUCCGUUUGUUCUAUGAAGGCAAAAAAUACUUUGAUGUAACAGGGAGAAGCAAAAUCCCCCCCUGUAAAUCUGAGCUCAGGGUCAUGGUGGUUAAGUUCAUUUCACUCCUGUAUUGGACACUCUUCACACUUGCUGCAUUUGUGCUGCUGUACUUGUACAGCUUUGUACGGUGGUAUUUUGUGGUUCUGGUUGUCAUUUUUGUUGCACAACACAAACUGUUUGGUGGGCUUGAAUUGAUUGAACUUGCACGCCAUCAAUUUGGCAGCAGUAAACAGAAUGUACACAACCUGAAAAGAAACUAAAUUUAUUUGGGGUAUUGUGGGAGGGGAGGGGGGUAUGUUUGUGGAUGUUUUUUAGAUGUGCUACAGACGUCGUAAACUGGGAAGAGAUUUUGCAUGAGAAUCAUUAGUCUUUCUUACUGCUGUCAUUGGUUAAUACACUUUUGCACUUAUAUUGUAAAAAAGGUAGGCAUUGCUACAUUGCUACAUCUGAAAAGUUAAUUUUUGAAUGUCUAUUCAGUGUUUCUGUUGCCCGCAGCUAGUGUCUACAGUUUAACUACAAAACAGUUUGCUGAUCAUUCAAAUUGUGUAGCCAUUGAACUUUUCAACAGUGAGCUCUAAAUAUAGCUGGACAAAUCAUGAAGCUAAAAAUAGGGGUUUCUGUGGUUUUUACACAGCCUUGCCAUAAAUCAAGGGCAAGAUUUGAACAUCACAUUGCAUUACAUGAUUAGCAUUUGCCUCUUGGUAAUUCUCUUUCCAUUAUCUCUUGCAGGGAGAUAACAGAUUAUACAAUUACCAUCAUUAGCAUCAGCAAAUCUGGGCAUUUAUAGGAUAAAAAAUAAAACUGAGGAUCUGAAUUUGGAUCCACUGUACUGCACUCCAUUUAGACUUGCCUGUUUGGCCUCUUAAUUUAAUAUUUAAAAAUUGCAUACUGCAACCCCACUUUGAAGCCAGUUACACUGAAAUCCGUAAGGCUUAUCAGUCAGUAAAUGUGAUGGCAAAUAUUUCUGAUUUAUCUUCAUGACAGAUCUAGGCACUGUGAUCUUCAUAGGAUUCCGUCCCAUUCUGACUAUCCACAUCCUAGUCCUGUGGGUGCUUUGACAUCUUUUCAGACUAUGGACCAUUGUACAUUUGAAACUAGGCUGGCCUGGAACAUAACCCGUGGCAGAAUAUUCCCAACACAGGAAAGCUUGUGCAUACCUGGCAUAAAGUAAAUAGGAAACUUGGGAGGAAAAAAUUGUGUGAAUCUGAUUUUAAUGAAAAGAGCAAUUUGAUUGUAAAAAAUUCUUUCCCCACAAAAUUAAAACGUGGAAUUAGUUUUAAAAGUAGCAUUUAUAUUACAAUAUGGUGGUCCCCAUAGGAUUGUAAUAUAACAUGGCAAACCACAUUUAAAAAAAAACAACGUAUGGAAUAAUGUUUUAAGAGCCCCAGCUGGCAUAUUGUUAUGCUGGCUUCCGAACAAGAUUCACUCAAGCAGUGUCGGUAGAAAAAUCCCUCCGAUCUUCCCCAGGUUCUGAGAGUAUGAAGAGAUACUACAUUGUGGUGCCAGUGAGGGAAAGCAUAUAACAUGCAUACUUAAAAGAUUCAAACAGACAUACAGGAUGGGAACUGUUCCCUCCAUCUGAAAAAUAUGAUGGAUUUUUCAGACAGUAUAGUACACUAUGAACUGAGUUGGCUUAGCUAAGGAAUUUUACUUCCCUGAAUAUGUGUCAGAGAUUUUUGUUCUCUUUAUUAAAAAAAAUGAUGUUUCUCCGCUUAAUUCUAGGGUGUAAGACGUAGCAGCCCCACCUAGUUUUACCUGCUGUGGUGAAAAUAACAGAAUCUUAAAAACCGUUUAGGAGUUUUAUAUAGCACAUGAAAUGUCUGACCACUACCUUGUAAUGUAAUUCCCUUACCAUUGCGCAACUAUGCAUGGUUUCAUGGUAGUAGGUGCCCUGUAGGAACAACACAGUAUCACUGCCUUUGCAUAACUAUGGAGGAUACUGGGCUGAAGGCUGAUUCAAAGCACAGGAGGAUGAGUUAUUACUGGCUUGUGUAAUCUGUGAUCCAAAGUAACCCAUCAGUCACCUAUGGGAGCAGUCUCCAGAGAGCACUUUCAAGCUGUUCUCUGGUGCCUGACUAGGAAUGCAAAAACAGGAGUUUAUCAAGCAUCUGACAGGCUACAAUAUAUGGCUGGUAGGCUGCGGUCUGUGUGGCUUGAUCCACAAGCUGCUUCUUGUUUUCUAGAACAGCUCCCACCCUUACAGUUGAAAUCAAAAAUUUGUACCAUUCUUUCACCCAAAUGCCCUUUUCAGGUUUUGGAAAACUUGCUGGUGGCAAGAACCCUCUCUCUUCAGUCUCAGGACCUCUCUAAGCAAUUGCCCCACUGUUGUUCUAACAGCCAGACUCAUAUGGUUCCCACUUUACCUUGAGAGCCAAGUUCCUUCAAAUCACCUUAGUCAUAUGUCCUGUUGUAUAACUAAGCAUGUUUUUCCUCCCUCAGCACUCCCCCUCCCCCCUUAACAGUAUAGUGCACUCGUGUGUGGUCUGCAUUUGUUACCAAAUCCUUACAGAUGAUAAAGCAUGCCCAGGUAUUCAUUUUCUCUGCACUGAAUAUUGGUAAUACCAGCGCCAUAAGCCAGCUUGUAAAGUAUUCUGCAUUGGUCAUAUAAUGCCAUGUCAAGUUCCAUGUGUUUGUUCAGUCUCUGUUGCUUCUGCCAUGCAUUUUAUAGGUUCAUUUUAUAAAGUGUAUUAAAACAAACACUAGGGUAUGAAAGAUCUCCAGAAUACCCUUAGUUUUCAAAUUUUACUGAAAUAUUAGAAUGUUUUUAGCCAUGACUGAACAAUGUACUCUUAC